AUGGAUUUUAACUUUAAGAUUGGACAGGAGCAGAGGUUGUUGAUCUCCAUGAAGCAGAGAUUGCAAGGAUAUUCAGCUGAGGUGGACAAGUUCAUGAUAGGUGUAGAUAGAGUAAAUCGAGGGAAUCUGAUUCAAGUGGAGGGUGGUUGGGAAUCUAGAGGACGUGGAUUUAAGGUGAUGGUUAAAAGAUGCAAAGGGAAAAAACAUAUUUUACACAGAUGUGUGCGUGCGGUUCAGGUGACAGUGAAGGACAGCCAUGUGAAUGGGACGGAAGGAGGGAGCGCGACCUUGCUGUGCACCUACACAACUUCAGACAGUGACUCGUCUAAUCUGAACGUCCAAUGGUCUUUCGUGCCAAGCCACUCCAAAUCACAUACGCAGAUCUACUUCUAUGGGGGCAACUUGACGUUUAUAAAUCCAGCCUUCAAAGGCAGAUUAUUGGCAGGACAUAAACCAGGAAAUGCAUCAAUUACCAUUGAGAAGUUGCGACCUACCGACUCUGGGAAUUAUAUCUGUGAAGUUGAGAAUCCACCGGACUUCAAAGGCAAUAACAUCGGAUCAGCAACACUCACAGUUUUCGUUCCACUCUCCAAGCCAAACUGUGGCAUCGUCGCACACCCGUCAAAGGCCAGGUCAGCAAUCCUUACCUGCCAUUGCGAUAAAGGCGUCCCAAGUCCCAGGUAUCGCUGGGAGAACUUGGUAGACCACGUUCAUCAAAACAUUUCUGGUCAUCUUGAUCCAAGGACCGGAAUGUUGACCAUUUCAAAUAUUUCCGAUAAUGAACAUGGUAUUUACAAGUGCAUCGCAUUCAAUGUACUGGGAGAUGAAACAUGCAUUGUCGACUUGUCAAAAAUGUCUUCUGAGAAUGAUGGCAUCAUCGGAGGUAUCAUUGGGGCGGUUGUGAUAGCGUCGAUCAUUGGAGUUAUCAUCUGGAUGGUUACAAAGAAAGCAAAGAAAAAUGCAAAGAAAAAUGCGCAAAAAGAUACCGAACUUCAGUCCAAGCAAGAAUCCAAGAACAAUCUGGUCACCUAUGUGGCUGUCCCCACUGAAGCUGCAGCUGUGGAAAGUACAAACCAUGUUGAGUCACCAGAUGUGGGCCAAAACAGCACGGACACCCCUGAGCUCCACCAACCUCCGCACGAACAUCUGCCCUUGAGUGAACAUGCUGCUCCAUCGGGCAGUGGGCAAGCAGAACGCAAGGAGAGUGUGGGAGAUGGUCCACAGGAGACUUAGUUAGCCAGCAGGGUGACUAAUAAUCAGAAGCUAUCAUUUUAUACAAAAAAAAGAGAUCAUGAAGGGUCUCUAAGUAAAACAUCAAAAUAAUUUAUAUUGCAAGCCCAAUAUUCUGAGUGAAUCUGUACACAUAAUAGAAUUUCCUUCCAUAUGUAUUGUCAAUUGCAUCCCAGCCAAAGCCAUUCUCGUUAUUAUCAUGAGGUUUAAAACUGGUUCAAGAUAUAUUUGACGAGUGCAAAGCAAUUAAUAAUUUGUUGUCCUAAAUUUCCCACCUCAUUGAUGAAAAUACAUCAUUUUGGCACAGUAGACUUGAUGGGCCGAAUGGCCUAAUUAUGCCCCUAGAACUUAUGAAUCAUUUUGCAUUUGACAAGUUUAUUGGGUCAAGGGUGAGGAUAGCUCACUAGAUGUGGGGAUUCCUCAACUAAGGACAGGGAAAAUAAUCCUUCUUUCAGUCACUACCCAGAGAUCAGUCCUUGUACUGGAAUCUUGAACAAUAAACAAACUAUUGGAAGAACUCAACAGGUUAGGCAGCACCUGUGAAAGGAAAUUCAUCAGUUUGAUGAAGGGUCAGGACACAAAACCUUAUCUGUCCAUUUCUUUCCACAAAUGCUGCCUGAACCGCUAAGUUCCUCCAGCAGUUUGCUUGUUGAUCAAUACUUUUACAUUGAGAAAUACAAGGAGCUGCAGAUGUUGGUUUACAAUAAAAGUCAAAAAGUGCUGGAGUAACUCGCUGGGUCAGUCAACGUCUCCAGAGAACAUGGAUAGAUGACAUUUUGGGUCGGGUGUGACAUAGAUUUAAAUAUAUCUGUAAGCAGCUUUACACAUGAUAAGAACAAGUAUGGUUUUGAGCCUAGACACAUGCAAUUGACAUUUUAAAUGAAAGCAAUUUGAUUAUUUGAGUACAGAGCUGCAUUUUGAGAUUAUGGACUAAAUGCUGGGCAAUGGUAUUAUAAUGGAAGGGUGCCUCCCAGAUAGCAUGGAUGUGUCGGGCUGAAUGGCCUUGUGCCAUGCUGUAGGAUUUUUAUGAUUCCAUGAUUCUGUGAACAAGAUCAGUCUUGGUCAUAAACCCCUGAAGAUCGGUAGGAAAUUGACAUUCACGAAUACCUAACAAAUCACUGCUAAUGUUGCAAAACUGAAAUAAAAAUGCUGGAAAUGUUCAGUAGGUUUGUCUGCCUAUGUGGAGAGAGAAACAGAUUUAACCAAUUGAACUAUUGAAAGAUUAUCAUCCUAAAAUGUUAAAUGUGUUUCUCUGUAGUUGCUGCUUCACCCAUUGAGUAUACCCAGCAUUUACUAUUUUUAAUUCAGAUUUCCAACGUGCAGUAUUUUAUUGUUGGAUUAACAUUUUAGACCAAAGGCCUUACAACAAGAUGAAAGGUCACUGAAUGGUUAACUUUGUUUCGUUCCGUAAAUUAUGCCUUUGCAUUCGGAUUAUUUGCAGCAUGUUCUGCUUUUUAAGCUAACAUUUACCUACACGAGAUAUAUAUAUAGAGGAAGGGUGGUCACUUUGGGGUAGAAUUGUAGAACCACCAUUGAUCACAGAACAGUUCCUCAGCAAAUGUCUUGUGGAAAUAGUUUAAAAAAAAAAUCCAAACAUCGUUUUUUUUCGGCAUGAAGCUCCGUUGAGCUCUUCAUUCUUAUCAAGAUCCUUAUCUUCAACGCAGACAAAUAAUUUACGUCUCAUCAAUCUGGUUUGGACCCGAGUCCCAAGGAUUCAAUGGGAAUGUCCAUAAUGGUCAUUAUCGUGACUUUGUAAAUGUCACUGUUUAACCAAUUGACUGCGUGAUUGCUAAAUAGUUUCUUUUGUUUUAUGUUUGUAUGAAGUAAAUACCAUUGAAAAAUUGGUUGUUGAACAACCCGUGGUUUAAGGAGCAGAUGUUAUGUAGUUAUGCACUCUCACCCAGCCACGUUUUUUACAUCAUUAUUAAUUAAUGGGUAGCAAUGAGCUGGAGUUUCAAGGUAUAUGCCCUGUGUCCCCAUUAUAAAUACAGAAACUACCCACUAUUCUCUUAACAGAAAUCCUGCUUAAAUAACAGCAGGAAGUUGCUCCUAAUAUGGAUUUAAGACACUUAUCAGAUAACGAAUCUCUUUGAAAAAUAAAUUAGAAGGAAUGAGCAAAGUAUGUAAAAAGGGAAAGAUACAGAGAUUGCUUUAGAAUUACCAUGUCAAUUGCUUGAUUGUAAUCAUGUAUUGUCUUUCUGCUGACUGGAUGGCACACAACAGAAGCUUUUCACUGUAGCUCAGUGUCUGGAAUCAAAAUUUGGAGGGUGGAGCUGAGAGCGACCCACAUUUCAUUUUUAACAGAUUAAUUUUCAAUUUACAUUCAUUUACCCGCAGCAAGUUCCAAGUGCCAGAUUUAAAAUAUCUUUUAACGUUUUGCAGUUGCCUGCCUCUGCAUGAAUGUCUCAUGUAGUUGACAGAGCCCUGUGUCCAGGCAGGUGUGGCACCUUAUUGGGCAUUAAGUUCAUAAAUUAUAGGAGCAGAAUUAGGUCAUACGGCCGAUCAGGGACUAUUCUGCCAUUCAAUCAUGGCUGAUCUAUCUUUCCUUCUCAACCCCAUUCUCCUGCUUUCUCCCCAUAGUCCCCGACACACGUACUAAUCAAGAAUCUAUCAAUCUUUGGGUUAAGUAUCUAUUGACGUGGCCUCUAUAGCCUUCUGUGGCAUUGAAUUCCACAGAUUUGUCACAGGUUAUUUUGCAGGUCAGGUGCCUCUGUUCAUUAUGUCAGAGAUACUAGAGCUGGAAACAGAUUUACAAUCUUCCAGAUCAAUGCAGAAAUAUCAGAUUGCAUUCCACAUUUGCUUUCUUGAUUAAGUUCUAUUGCAAAGUGCACAUAAACAUUUUGUAAUAAGCGAUAGAAAAUCUAAGCCUGAAAAAAAAGGCUAAAUGUACCUUCUAAAUGUCUUCAAUAUUUUAAGUGUCACCAUUUAAUAUUGCUGCAACUAUUUGCUCUUCUCUUUUCUUUAAGAAGAUUAAUAAUUUCUUUUUUGUACACGCUUAUUUUUUCUACCCAUCUCUUCUUAUUUCUUUGCAAUACAGUUAAUUGGUGUAAAAGAUAAUGACACCUGAAAUAUUAGAUGUUGACUGAUGAUCGUCAGAAUUUCCAAUUUCUAAAUAAGCAGGUGGCUUUCUUUCUUAAUAUGUUUUCUAAUGAAUUGCCUUUGUAUGGAUUUGCCUGUCAAAAGUUAAACAUUUGUUUUUAAAUCAUGUUUAUUUGAUUAAAUCGUUGCUUAUAUUGCCACCAAGACUGUAAAGAGUUAAUCAACUGUACAUUUUACAAUUCUGUAAAAAAAAAAAGUCUGAAGUCAAUAACGUCCGCACAAAAAUAGGAUUGCAUUAAUAUAAACUACUUCUUAAAUAAAACUUUUGGUAUCA